AUGGUCAAGAUCUACCCGGCGGGCGUGUCUAGGAAGUAUCCCAAUGGUGGCCUCAUGAGCCAGUACCUGGACAGCCUCAAGCCGGGAGAUAAGAUACAGAUCCAGGGACCCAAGCGUCGCUUCGUGUACGAAGGACGUGGCAAGUUCGCCACUGCCGACGGACAUCAGCUGCCACUCGUCGCUCGACUGGGACUUGUGGCGGCAGGGAGUGGCGUCACCCCGAUGCUGCAACUGCUGAGGCACCUGCUCGCCGACAACGUGGACCGGACGACGGUCAUGAUGAUCGACGUUAACUCCAACGAACAGGACAUCAUCGCGCGCCAGGAACUGGACGAUUACGCGAAGAACCACGCUGCCUUCAGCUCCCGCUGCUUUCGGCGUGCUGCUGCUAGCACGGUAAAGCCGGGCAACGUUGUGUACGACGUGAGUCGGUCCG